GCGAACACCAAAUAAAAUGAACCUCGACAGAUACAUGGAUAUAACAUUUGCAGAUAGAAUGGAAUUCAUUGUGAAAAAUAAUCCAUCACUAGAAGAGAUUAAGGAGGAGUAUCCUGUCCUUUUGUCAUCAGGAGAUGAGGUACUUAAGGAAUUCAGACGAAUUUCGCUGGAAGCUCUUCCCAAAUCGGGAAUUCAGAAAUACAAUGAAAAACUUUUCUUAAUUGCUAAACACCAACAUCAAAAUCCAAAAAUAAAGGAACUUGUACAGUUGGCGUCCCAGGAAAUUGUUGAGGAAAAUCGUGAGGGUGAGUAUUUAUGCAAAAUUAAAAAUUAA